AAUCGAACCCAGGACCCUUGAGUCCGCAGGCCGACGCUCUAUCCACUGAGCCAAACCGGUUUCGGCUCUCCCCGACUUCUUUACAAGUAGGAUGUGACUUUAGUUCUGCUAAUUAGGUGCAUUUAGGCAAGAUUUACAAACAGCAGUGAGGUAGAGGCCAAUAGCUGGUUGCUUUUCUCCGUUUCUCUGCUGGCAAGCAUGGUGGUGAUGACUUGGGGAUGUGGGUAGCAGCGUUUAGGUGUCCAUUCACCAGGUGUGGCGUUGGUGGAGGCAGGUGUGGUGGCGGUGGGUUGCCUUCUGGUAGCUGGGUCACCGCGGGAGUUCUUGAGCUCAGUUCUCCCUGUGGCGGCCUCCUGAUUCCCCACUGAGAUACGGUCUUCCUGGGAGUCCCAGGAAUCUUUCUCAGGAGCCCAGCCAAGAGCCCCUUCCCCUAGCCCUUGCUGCAGUUUUAUAAACACCCAUAUUGAAUGUAUUUCCAUGGGAAAUACCUCAUUUCUGUUUCUAAAACCUGGCACACGUUCUAUUGGCCAAAGUUGUGGGGAUCCACUUUGGAAAUUUACAGCUGAGUUGUUUAAAUGAUUAUUGAACCCUCCCACGAGUCCCACUCGAGAAAUGAAACUGCAACUGGUCUUAGGUUCUGUGUCUCACAGUGAAGAUCGGAACAGUUUGUACCAGGAUAUGGGGGUGGAAGAAGGGGAGGCAUCAUCAUCAAGUUACAAUUUGACAGAAGAGGGCAGGGGAGUAGAAAAGGGAAAUUUUUAAAGAAUUCUAUAUACUUAUCGAUGCCAGUUAUGUCUGGCUAGAAAAGGCUUACUGUAGUAGAGUGAAAUGAAACUAAUCUAAUGAUGAUGACAUCAGGAAGACCGGGCAUUUAAAAGCAGGAAAAAAAAAGAAUUGGGCUCACAUCACCCCUCUGUCCCUCAUCCAAGUGAGGCGAACGAAGCAAGUGACUUCGAGGAGAACACCUCCAUUGGAAAGGAUUCUGAAAGAAAUGAAGAAGCCCAUCAGAAAUGAAGUCAGUGGCCUCAUGGCCUUCUGUUGACUGGACUGGCGUCUUGCCCCUGCAAGGCACUCUGCAGGAUGUUUGCUGAGGUCAUUCAUCAGAUUGACGAGGCGCUCGAUGAAGACGAGAGGGAGAUGCUUCUGUUUCUGUGCCGAGAUGUUGUUGCAGAUGUGUCUGCAUUUAACGUCAGGGACCUUUUGGACAGUUUAAAUGAAAGAGGAAAGCUGUCUUUCAUGGGCCUGGCUGAGCUGCUCUACAGAGUGAGGCGGUUUGACCUGCUCAAGCGGAUCUUGAAGAUGGACAAAAGGACAGUGGAGGCCUACCUGCUCGGACACCCACAUCUUGUUUCAGACUACAGGGUGCUGAUGACUGAGAUUGGUGAACAUUUGGAUAAAUCUGAUAUGUCCUCAUUAAUUUUUCUCAUGAAGGAUUAUAUGGGCCGAGGCAAGACAGCCAAGGAUAAGAGCUUCUUGGAUCUUGUGAUGGAAUUGGAGAAGCUAAAUCUAGUUGCUCCAGAUCAAUUGGAAUUAUUAGAAAAAUGUCUGAAGAACAUCCACAGAAUAGACCUGAAGACAAAAAUCCAGAAAUACAAGCAGUCUGCUCAAGGAGCAGAAACAAGUUAUGUAAAUGGCCUCCAGGCAUCUCUCCCAAACUUGAGUAUUAAGGAUCCUUCAUAUAACUUAAGGCUUCAGAAUGGGAGGAGUAAAGGACAAAGACCCAUGGUGAGCCAUCCUGACAUUCAAAGAGAACCAGUGAAGACGUCCGUUCAAGAAUCAGGAGCAUUCCUGCCUCGGCCCAUCCCAGAGGACAGGUACAGGAUGCAGAGCAAGCCCUUGGGAAUCUGCCUGAUACUUGAUUGCAUCGGCAACGACACAGACGUUCUUCAGCACACCUUCACUUCCCUGGGCUUUGAAGUCCGGUGUUUCUCAUUCCUGACGAUGGACCUUAUGACUGAUCAUCUUAAACAAGUUGCCUAUUGGACUCACCACCAAGACAAGGACAGCUUUGUGUGCGUCCUGGUGAGCCGAGGGGGCUCGCAGAGCCUGUUUGGUGUGGAUCGGACUCACUCAGGGCUGUCUUUGGAUCAGAUCAGGAGGAUGUUCAGGGGAGAUGCAUGCCCUUCUCUCUUGGGAAAGCCAAAGCUCUUUUUUAUUCAGAACUACGAGAAGUCAGAGAGUCACACGGAAGACAGCAGCCUCCCAGAGGUCGACGGGCUAGCAGCGAGCAACAUGGAUGCCAAGGCCUGGCAGCCUGAGCCCUGCACGGUUCACCCAGAAGCGGACUUCUUCUGGAGCCUGUGCAAGGCAGAUGCAUCUCUGCUGGACCGGUGCCCCACCUUAUCGUCCCGGUACCUACAGUGCCUCUCCCAGAAGCUGCAGCAGGAGAGAAGUCGGCCACUUGUGGAUCUCCACCUUGAACUGAAUAGCAAUAUGUAUGACUGGAACCGCGGAGUACCUGAUAAGGAGAAGUACCACAUCUUGCUGCAGCAUACACUGAGAAAGAAACUCUUUCUCUCUUGCAAAUGAAAAGCCAAAGACUGCUGAGCAGAGAGCCUUCCUCUACUCACACCGCCCUGCUCGCCAUGGAUGACGAUAUUGCUGCGCAUGUGGACCACACCGGCUCCGGCUUGCACAGAGCCGGCUUUGGGGGGGAUGCCCCCAGGGCCAUCUGUCUCCUCCAUCCUGGGGUGCCCCCGGCACCAGGGCUUGAUGGUGGGCAUGGGCCAGAAGAACUCCUAUGUGGGUGAUGAGGCCCAGAGCAAGAGAGGC